UAUCCUAUAAAUUCAGAGCCUGUAUCUCACAUCCUAGACACACAGUAAUCACCAAUUCCUCACAAUUCACCGCAAGCAUCAACUUUUUCUAUCUAUUUUCAAACCAAACCCUUUUCACUCUCUGGCCACAUCGACUUCUUUCCAUUUCUUUCUUUCUUAUUUUCUGUUGUCUUCUCAAAUACAUACAUGCAUACAGAACAUACCCCUCACAGACAUCAACAUAGAGAUUUUUCUCCCUUUCAAAAAAGAGCAAGAAAAAUAAUUAGGAGAAAGGUUUGACAAGAAUCGAAGAAAGUGAGAGAGAGAGCAAGAAUCUUCAUCUUUCUGCAUGUUGCGUACAGAAUCUUUAAAGCGAAAUCCUGCUUACGUUAACCCACGACGCUGUUCCAAGAUUUUGUUCUUUUCUCUGGAACUUCCCAACAUUCUUCUUCCUCUCCCUCACCCACCAUCACCACCACAACCCCACAAUCCAAUAACUCAUCAUCAUCAUCAGCAUCAUCGUACACUACACACAUGACAUGCAUGUAUCUUCAUUAAUUGCUCAGUGAAACCACACGUACACCGGGUAGUGUAGCUACCUAGCCUGUGGGGUACUUUUCUAAUUAAUUAUUAUCUUCUUCAAUUAAUGGCCGUCAACAACAACAACAAGCUUCUUCUCAUAACAUUCGCCAUAUGCCGUCUGAUAGUAACGGUGGGAUUAACGGUGCUCCCGGAGCUGCUCGAUGUGGGACUGGAGGGUCGACUGAGCGUGGACACGUGGGAGCUGGAAGCGGCCUCUGUGGACUUCGGGAGGCUGAGCAGAGGGGUGCCUUCAGAGGUGGUGCACCCUGCGACGGCGCAGGAUGUGGCGAGGGUGGUGAAGGCGGCGUUCGAGUCGGCGUUGGCGGUGUCGGCGAGGGGACAUGGACAUUCGAUAAACGGGCAAGCGCUGAUAAGAGAGAAGAAAGGGGUGGUGAUUGAAAUGGGAAAGGGUGGUGGCGGUGUUAGAGUGUGUGAGAAAGGAAUGUAUGUUGACGUGUGGGGUGGAGAGUUGUGGAUAGAGGUUUUGAGUGCAACAUUGGAGUAUGGGCUGGCUCCCAUGUCUUGGACCGAUUACUUGUAUUUGUCUGUGGGUGGAACCCUAUCCAACGCAGGAAUUAGUGGACAAACCUUCAAUCACGGUCCUCAGAUCACCAAUGUUUACGAGCUCGAUGUGGUCACAGGAAAGGGUGAGCUGGUGACAUGUUCAGAAGAUCGUAACUCGGAGUUGUUCCAUGCUGUUCUUGGCGGUCUUGGACAAUUUGGAAUCAUCACAAGGGCUCGAAUUGCUCUCGAACCAGCUCCUCGCAGAGUUCGGUGGAUUAGAGUUUUGUAUUCGAAUUUUGGAAGGUUUUGUGAGGAUCAGGAGUAUCUGAUUUCUCUGCAUGGGAAACCAGGGAGGGAGAGAUUCGAUUAUGUGGAGGGUUUCGUGAUAGUUGAUGAAGGGCUGAUAAAUAAUUGGAGAUCUUCGUUUUUUUCACCAAGUAACCCUGUUAAUAUCACUUCCCUCAACGCCGACGGAGGUGUUUUGUACUGCUUGGAGAUUACAAAAAACUACGACCAAGAAAACGCAGAUUCUGUUGACGAGGUACACACACAACCCAACAUAGAUUUUCUCUUCUUUCUCACUCUCACUUAUAAUAAUAAUAAUAAUAAUAGUAUUAUUCACUGCCAUACACUUAGUGCGCUGUGACCAUAAAAUAUUCAUAUAUCAUCAGUUUUUAUCUUAGUCUAUUCAUGACGUGUUACUUUUAUUAAUUACUUUUAGUUUCAUACAUUAUGUAUCAUCUGAUCACUUUAAUGGCGAAAGAGAUUCCGGUAAAGAGUAAGGAAGAAUAUAUCAAAACCUGUUUUUCUGAUUGAAAAUGGAAGGAUAAGUUUCUAACAUUAAAUCAACGUGAAUGCAAAAGAGGUCCAAUAUAUGAAAGGAGAAAAAAGUGUAACUGGAAAACAUGAAUGGACAACAUCGAUGCCAUUGAUUUGAACAUCAACAACAACAAAAAAAAACAUUGAUUUGAAAAGCAGACAAACAUGACAGAACGGAAAUAGCAUUAUGCAAUAACAGUUGUUUUACGGCAUUAAACUUGAAUGUUUAGUCAGACACUAGUUUGUCUUUUCUUCAAACCAUUCUACUAUCCAUGAAAGGAACAUUCACGUUCUGAAACGUAGUGAGUUGUUACAAAUUUGAAUGCUGUUUUGAAUGUUCUGAAAUCCUCAAUUACUGUCACUUUAACUGUAUUUUUGUCUUCCAUUAUUCUUUUAAGUCGAUGAGAG